CAGUGCUCUCACUGCUUCCACAUCCACUGCAUCAUGAAGUGGCUCAAUUCCAAUCAAGUACACAGUCUUUGCCCGAUGUGCCGCCAAGAGUGGAAAUUCAAGGAAUAAAUUGAUUUUAUAUCUAGUACUCAAAUUAAGGUGAAAAAUGUCGUCUCCUCCUUCAUUGCCAUUCACCUUGCCUCCCUUGCCGAAGAGUUUGAGUGGAGCCUUGGACAAGGACAAUCUCGUACUCUUGCAGGAAGAGAUGGUGAAGCAGCAGCAGCCAGCCCGGCAGCGUCCCAUUCCUCCGCCAAGGAAUCCUCCUCCUGCACCCCCUCGAAAUCCUCCUCCUCCGAGACCGAGUCAGAAGAGGCACGCUCCUGCUCCUCCUGUACCACCACCCCCAAUCGGCCUUCAGCACCAAAGCUCUUCCUCUCGCCUGCAAGUCAAUCCAAUCAGGGUGACGUCCUCCCUUGAUGCUCAACUGGCAGUUCUCAGACAGGAAAUGGUUGGACUGCGGCAGCUGGAUCUUUCACUUCUAUCGCAGCUUUGGGCGCUGAAUGAAAACAUUCAGGAGUUCCGUGCGAUGCUGCAGGAGCAAGAUGAAGCAACGCUGUCGCCACCGUCGGCCGACGAAAACGACGAAAUGUUCCGCCUGGCCCCCUCUGCCGGCAUCCGAUUCCCAGGGGGGACAACCCUCACAGCAGUACCUGAGCAAUAUAUACUUUCGAGCAGCUCUUCAGAGUCAAGUGUCGAAUUUGGUAACGUGUGAAUCCUGACAGAAAACAAAUGAACACGAGAGUGAUAAUGCGGGUGCAAUGUAUAAUGAAUCUAUUAAAUAACCUCCUAUUUCAUGGAAUUAUAAUUCCUCUCAAGUCCUUGCCAUGUUAGAAUUAAAAAAAAACACGUCUGUAUUCACACGUGUUGAAUUAUAAAAUCAUUAAAAUGUUACUCAAAAUGAUGUGUAAUAAAACGAACUUACAUUCCCUAUGACAA